GUUCUCUUCACCAUCACAUUUGUCUCGCCUGCCAACAAUUGAUCCCCUGAGUUAAGGAUCUCUUACUAAUAUCCUACCCAAUACUACAAUUCUCUCUUUCAUUCUUCUCACUCUUCAUUUCUCACAAAGGCUUCUUUCUCUUCGGACGACAAAAUGGUGAGGCGAACGCGGCAUCCGGGAUGGCCGUCGACGAUGAAUGCAAGCUAAAAUUCUUGGAGCUAAAGGCGAAGAGGAACUACCGCUACAUCAUAUUCAAGAUUCACGAGCAACAAGUGGUGGUGGAUAAAGCCGGGAACCCUACAUCGACUUACGAGGAGUUCACCGCAUCUCUUCCUUCCGACGAGUGCCGCUACGCCGUCUUUGAUUUCGAUUUCACCACCGACGAGAAUUGCCAGAAAAGCAAGAUCUUCUUCAUUGCAUGGUCACCUGAUACAUCAAGGGUGAGAAGCAAGAUGGUGUACGCUAGUUCCAAGGACAGAUUCAAGAGGGAAUUGGAUGGCAUUCAAGUCGAGUUGCAGGCCACGGAUCCCAGCGAAAUGAGCUUCGACAUUAUUAAAGGCCGAGCAAUUUAAACGCUGUUACUACUCUCCAGAAGCAUUAAUCCAUCACCCUGUCUCCAGCGU